AUGUGGUUUUCAAAAAAAGAUGAGUAUCGAUUACUUGAAAAUUUAAGCUAUCUUUAAAAAACUAAAUUAGUAGAAAUACACUUAAUCAAAAAAGUAAAUUGCAUACCUAAUAUGGCUAGUUUCUGUAAUAAAUUGACUUUUUGUUAAUAAUUGAUCUUCUUAGAACUUAAUCUUAAGGAUAACUAAAUAAAUGCACCAGAUAUUUAGAGUUUAAGUAAUUUACUUAAAAGAUUUACUAAUCUAUAAAAAAUUGGUCUAAGCUUGAAGAGAAAUAAGAUAGAUGCAUAGUGUAUAAAAUUUUUAGUAGAAGCAUUUUAAAAUUGUAAAAACCUUUCAGAUAUUACAUUAAAAUUGAGUUAAAAUUCUAGAUUAGAUAAGAAAGCGUUGUAAAAUCUAUCAUAAGGUCUUGCUAAGUGUACAAAUCUAACUAGACUAUAUCUUUAAUUCAAGAAUAAUAGAUUAUUUAAUGAUAAUUUAUUGGAGGAAUUCAGCUAAGGAAUCUAAAAAUGUAAAAAUCUCUAGUCCUUUAAUAUACAAUUAAAUUCAACUCAAAUAACUUUUGCUGGCUUAGAGAAAUUAACAUUUUUUUUACAAUAAUGUUUGCUAUUAGAAAGCUUAGAAAUUGGUUCAGAAAAUAACAUUUAAAGUGAAUAAAGUUGUAAACUUUUAGCUGUAAAUUUGGGCUAAUUGUCUAAAUUAAAAAAUUUAAAAAUUAACUUUGGUUAUUGCCUAAUAAGUUAAGAAAAUUUAGAAGACUUAGCAAGAGAAUUUAGAAAUUUGCAAAACCUUACUUACCUAAAUUUGAACUUAUUGAGAUGUCGUAGGACAAUAGAUGCAUAAGGAGUUUUUAAUUUGUUCUCUUAUUUGUUAGAUUGUCUGGAGCUUUAGCAAUUGGAUCUCAAUUUUUAGGAAAGUAUAAUUGGAGAUAUGACAAUUGAUUCUUAAUUAAUAAGCUUCUCAAAACUAAAAACACUAAACCUUAAUCUUUAAGAUAACAACCAUAGAGGAAAAAUUGAGAAUUUCUUUAAAGUAUUAGAAAAUAUGCAAAACCUAGAAAAUUUGAAUCUAAAUUUAAGCAUAAACUCUUAAACAAACUGUUUAAGCAGUGAUGCUUUAAUGGAAUUAGGUUUGGUUUUAAAACGACUUUAGCAUCUAAAAGAUCUAAGCCUUUAAUUAAACAAUAAUUUCAUUAGCUCAAAAGACUUUAACAAUUUACUUUACUAAUUAAGUGAAUGCUUUAAGCUUAGGAGUUUGCAUCUUGGUUUAAACGGAGUGCCCUUAAAUACUAAAUAUUACUUUGAAGCAUUCAAUCAAAUAAAGAAUUGUGCAAAUCUUUAACAUUAAUCUUUAUAAGAUGAUUCCAUUAUUAUAAGUAAUAAAGGAGAUAACAGAGAAAAUUCUUAAAAUAUUUUACAAAUUCUUAAGAAUAUAAAAAAUAAGUUCUUAUCACCUAUAAUGUAAAUAAUGUAAAUAAAAAAGCAUAUUUAACUUUUGAAAUAAAAAUCUAAUAAAAAGGUAAGAUGA